AUGGUAAGCGGGCCGUUUCGGGGGUUGUUCUUGGCGGCGAUCGAAAUCUCCUUUGAUCCUCUCAAGAGACGACGACCCCACUUUUCAACACCACCCACUAAAAACUUCUUCCUUCCAGGCGAUCCCUCAAGAGUCCGAACACUGCGUCUUCGCCAACGAAGAACUCAGGUAAGAGUCCAAUUAACAUCGAGAUGUUCGUUAAAAUCAUAGAUGCACAACCUCAAAAAUAUCAUCUCAAGACAUUUUGUGAAAAUAGUCCUUGCUCCUUUUAAAACUUUGUCAUACAUAGAUAGUCACAGAAAAACUUCGCAAUCAUAGAAUGUCCUUCGGAAUAAUACCGUACACUAAAUUCGAAACUUCUUCGACCUCAACUUUCAUUUAAGUUUUCUCCAUUCGCUUUUCCAAUUUAUCUUGGCCGAAUUCUUCUCAAAAUCUUAAAAAGGAAUUUUUCAAUCUAUUUUUGCAAGAAAUCCUAGAAUCUUUUGACUCGUUCAAAAAUUUCUGCUACAUUCAAGACGCUGACAUCUUACAUAACCUCGAAAAUAAAUCUUUUUGCUUCGAUAUCUUCUUGAAAUUGAUCAAUUCUCCUUUAAAUACUUCAUAAAGAUUUUUCAACAUAACACAUUCAGUAAAUCUUCUUUUGAAAAUAUAUAAACUUAGGAACUCCAGAGUGUUCCCCUUACCUUCCCCUAUAGACGCCACUAGAGCUUGUCACAGUGGCCGCUCUAGGGCUUUUAAUCAUGGUUCUUAUUAGCGACAUGCUAGUCGAUUACUGUUAAGAAACAUAUGAAUAGAAGCAUUUCCAUGCGAAAAAGUCAAAAAAUUAGCGUUAUUAGAAUGAAAAAUAUUAACAUACAAUUUAUCGAUCACGUUUGUCUUUUUGAUAUUCAAAUCAGAACAAAAAAUAGAAGCACUAUAGGGAUCACUUGAGCUUUAGCCUUAGAAGUCGGACCCUAAACCUACACCACCUUUAUUCCCCCUUUAUAGGGUACUCAUUUUUGGCUCUUAGGGACUUUUUUCACCUAACACCUAUUGGGAGCCCUCUAGCGUUCAUAAAUACUUGAAAUUUCUCAGGGAGGCCUACGAGAGCACCAGGACCGCCGUUUCAAUCGAUUCUAUUCAUUCUGCUAUCGGUAACAAUUUCAGCUUCUUUUGAUUUCGAAAAAGUUGAAACAGAACGUAGCUUGGCCCCGCCGAAGAUGGGUCGCAAAAAUCGAAGCAAAAGACGUGGAUUCACUCGAAGUUCCGUGACUGAGUCCGAGUCUGAGCCGCUAUCCGUUGAGAGUACUGUAAGUCCCAACUUUCUUCUGUUUGAAAAAUAAAGAAAAAAACGAUUCUCAAAGAAAAUAACGAAAAAAAGUUAAUGAAAAAUUUUUUUUUUCGUCAUUUAGGAAAAAAAAAUUGAGUUCGAUCCUUUAAUUCCCUUCACUAGGAAAUGUUUUCUCAUCACAGCCUGGAAAUUUCCAAAAAGUGGCCAGAAAACUUCUACUAAACUAAAUUUAUGAAGCCAUAAUUGCAAAAAUUGCUAAUUUAUCCGGUUUUUGAUGAAUUUAUUUAACUUGAAAGUUUUUUUUCUUCAAAAAUUAGAAAUUUUUCGAAAAACUCAGAAUUUUAAUUUGAGAUUUUAGAGCACGAGAAACUCAAAUUUCAUCGGAAAAAGUAUUGAACAGCCUUUUUCUUAGCAAAAAAUAUUGUCAGGGCUCCCUAUCGUCUCAAAAGCAUCAAUCGCGCAUUCCAGUUUUGUCCAGCCGUAGCCGAGGUGACUCUUUUGCAACAUCUUUUUCAAUUUUUUCUGAACUAAAUCACAGUCAGUGCAUCGGCUAGCAGUGUCACCGGGUCUUUGGCUUCAUCAGGUUCUUUUUUCUUUUUUUUUUCCGAACUAAUAAACGUGUUUCAAUAGCGACAACUGAACCUCCAACGAAAAUUUUAUUCUGAGAAAAUUAUCCAAAAAACUUUCAGUCAUGGAAACGGCUUCGGUAAAGGCUUCCAGAAUUCCAAGACCGAUCGUUAUGUUUUUGAACCGAACCCCAGAAGCCACUACUUUAUCUGCCACGGUAUCGUAUAAGCUGUCUUGCUGAAAAGUUAAAAGGCGCAUAUGAAAGUUUAAUAAAAGUAUCGAAGCAAAAAGCCGUUUUGUGUUACUUUUAUGACCUUUGCGCUCAUUAAAUUCUCAGCAAGGAUUACGGAAAUGAUCAAAAUGUGGAAUAUUUAAGGAGGAAACAACCACUUCACAUGAUUUGGCCAAAUAUUCGGAUCACACCUACAAGGAUGUCGUUGCGUCGCUUCCGUAUGUAGCCUUGGAAACGGUAUGAAAACUUCCGCUUUAAAAUAUGCUGUAGUGUUUCAAACAGAGGAAGACAGGUAACAAUAGUUUCUAAAAAAGAUUGAAGAUUAAAAGUGACACAAAACGGGAAAUUGAGGAAAGUUUUUAGAAAGUUCCACAUGGAUAUUUCAAGUCCAGACUCCUACCAAACUAUUUGAAAUUGGAAACUUGAACCGGUUAAGAAAUCCUUGCUGAGGUGUUCAGCCCUUCUCGACUGAAGAAAAUGGCUCUUCGUCUCGAGACCUUUGCAAAUAUGUGUCCGGUCUUUUGAACACCUCAGCAAGGAUAUUGGCACAAAACUGUAUCCAAAAAUUAAGAUAAAAACUUGACAUAAGAGAGAGAAGAAAAAAGGAUCCGAAAUGAAAAUUCACACUUACUGAGCGCUUUUGAGCACCUCAAAAAAGCCAAAUUGCCAUUUUGAAACAUUCUGUUUCUCCGUUGAGAUCAAAACAAAAAACAUAGAUAAAAACGCCUGUUUGAAGCGUCCGGUCGUAGUACGGUAAUUUAGAUAGACUUUUUGGUAAUAAAAUGAAGACUUGUGUACUUUUUGUAACGUAACUCAUCUUGUCACCUCGAGAAAUAAGUCAUCAAAAAAAAUUCAAAAAGAAUAAAAAUUAAAAAAAGUUUCCUGGAUCCGAAACAGACGGCGCAAUAAUGACCGGCCGCUGUAGUACUAUCUUGAACAUAUGCGCAUAAAAAAAAUCUCGCUUUCCAGCAUAAAGUGUUACACAGCCUGUAACAUAUGUAAAUAGGUUUUUCUCACCUAGGUGAGAAAAAAAUUGAGAAAAAAAAGGCGCCGUCAAAUAAAAUACCGACGGCUGCAUGCACAGCAAAGAAACAUACUUGUCGAAUACCGUAGUUCAAAAAAAAUGUUUGAUUUUUCCUUUUUGACUUGAUAUUUCCAGUUGGUGAGCCCGAGUCACAACCAGGAAUCGCGAGCCAAAAUCACGGCUACUAUGGAUAAUGUCAACGUCACUUUCGACGUCAACCUCGCGUUCAACGGCGCACCUCUUCACAUUGAAGGCGUCGUCGUUCAGUGA